GUGUCCUGCCCUGAGCUGGACAGAACCUCCUUCCUCUGUGCCAGGAACGCCGUCGCGACCGGCAGCCGGACGAGCAUCCAACAUGAACGACAUCUACAAGGCAGCGGUUGAGCAGCUGACGGACGAACAGAAAAACGAGUUCAAGGCCGCCUUCGACAUCUUCGUACAGGAUGCGGAGGACGGCUGCAUCAGCACCAAGGAGCUAGGAAAGGUGAUGAGGAUGCUAGGACAGAACCCUACCGCCGAGGAGCUGCAGGAGAUGAUUGACGAGGUGGACGAAGACGAGAGCGGCACGGUGGACUUCGACGAGUUCCUGGUCAUGAUGGUGAGAUGCAUGAAGGACGACAGCAAAGGGAAGUCAGAGGAGGAACUGGCGGAGCUGUUUCGCAUGUUUGACAAGAACACAGAUGGUUACAUCGACCUGGACGAGCUGAAGAUGAUGCUGGAAUCUACAGGAGAGGUGAUCACCGAGGACGACAUCGAGGAGCUGAUGAAGGACGGGGACAAGAACAACGACGGCAAGAUCGACUACGACGAGUUCUUGGAGUUCAUGAAAGGAGUGGAGUAAUCCGGCAGCAGGAGAAGAGCCAGAGUGUUAUUUUUGUAUUUCAUCUGUGACUCCCUUCGGUCAAUCCGUGGGGAAGAAACUAGGAAGCCGAUUCGGAAAUAAAAAAACCCGCCGCCGACAGAAACAAUGGAAACGACUUUGCAAGAUACAGUCCAAGACUGGAGCGGAGUGUUCAAUGUCUUUUUUUUUUUUUUUACCAUCUCUUGCAUCGUUGUAAAUACAGUUGUUAACUUCCUUUUUGCGGCCCGUGAAUACAGAAUUUGUGUAAAUGUAUCCAGAUGACCUAUGUUUUCUAGAGAGAGAGGCCAACCCGAUUAAUCGGCCACUUGACAAUAUGAACUUUUUGUGAUUUUGUUUCCCGACUAAAUCUCAUCUCUGAGGUGUUCACAGUUUACAAAUGAGAGGCUGGAAAUAUACGUCCGUGUGCACAAAGCAGAACACGUUCACGACUCGGCACGUUGUCACGGCUACACUGGACUGAUCUCACUCUCGGAGCGACGUACCGGAUCCAGUGUGUACGCUGUGCAUGUUCAGAUGUGCGCGUUGUGUACGUUCCGGUAUGUUUAGGACGCUGUACCCCCCCCCCCUCCACCCCCCCCCCCCGCCUGCAUAUUUCUACAUGGAAAGUCAGUUUGGAAUGUGCGCUCAUGUAAUAAACAAGAUGCAUUUGU